AUGGCGACAAUCGGCGAAACCUCCACUGCUCCUCCUCAAUCGAAGCCCGUUGUUGUUAGGGUUAAACGCAAGUCUCACCAGUCUCGCCUCGACGCCUUCUGGCUUGAAAUCAAUGAGAGACCGACGAAGCGGGCGAUGUUGGAUUUGGAGAAGUUGUCAAUUACUAAUUCUGUUGAUGCUAAAGUGGAGGAGUUGGCGGCUAAGAAAGUUUUUGUGAAGCAUGUUGAGACAGUUACUAGCACGGACACUACAAUGGAGAUAAUACAAUCAUUUGCGUCUAAUUCUGCUAAUGUAGUUGAAGAACAAAAACGGACCAUUAAAAAGUAUAGCAAACAAGAGCAGUCGAGAUCCAGACAAAAUCAAGAGGUAUUGGCAUCAAAUGCUCGCUUUGAGCAAAUUUGGAGGAACCAAAGGGGAAACAAAGAUAAAGCACUGCAUGACAUGUGUCAUUUCUAUGAUGUUAUUCGUGUUGACGAAAGAUUCAAUGAGGUGCAAGAGCAUGAAGGUGUAUCUUUGGAGGAACAGAAGAUUCUGUCCAGCUAUCUUCCUCUCCUAAGAGAUUUUCUUCCAAGUGCUGCUGCACAGGUCGAAUCUGAUAUCCGUGCUUACUUGUCCAAUCAAGCUGUAGAUGAUUAUGUGUAUGACUACUACACUGUGAAGGAUGACAUGGACAUAGAUGACAUAGAUGUCACUAGCCCAUUUCCUCUGGUAAAAGUUGAGGAUGAGGAUUUCUAUGAUGGCCCAGAUGAUGAAUCCGAAUAUGACACUGAUGAUUCAAAUGCUGAAGAUCAUCCACGGAAUGAUUACCCUGAUGAAUCAUCUUUAGAGGACAAUGAAUCAGGGAGUCAAGCAUCUCUUGAUGAAUCUGAAGAAGGAGAGGAGGAAGAGGAAGAUGAGGAAGAUGAUGCUUCCAGCAUUAAGCAUUCAGAACCUGAUGGUGGUGACAAUUUUGAUGAUGAUGGAAGUUAUGAUGAUUUUUAUUGGGUCGACGAUGAUGAUUGUCCUGAAUGUGAAUAUGGUGGUGAUGAUGAAGAUCGGAGCUGA